AUGUUACGCCAAGCUUGUCUUCUUUAUCGUGUGUAUCAUCCAAAUUUUAUUCGACAAACCCUCGUUCCUUUAAGUACUAGUACUCGUUAUUUUGCUGAAUCAACCAGUACAGGAAAAUCAAUAAAUGAACCUUCAAAAGAAAAUAUAACGGGAAAAAAAUCAUUUGAUAGUGUUCCUGUACAUCUUGGUUCUUUUGCAAAAGUAAUUAUGGUUUUAGGUGGACUUUACGGACGUUAUCGUGACGUUCCUGAUACAAUACCUAAUCGUGCAUAUCAAAGAACAAAAGAUCGAUUUCGAGCACGUUGUGUUGUUGCCUCUCUAUUUGGUACGGCUCUUCUUGCUAUUGUAGCAGCAAUGCGUGGCAAAAGUGCUGCUAAAGAAGGCAAACGAUACACAGAUAGUGUUUAUGAAAUGCAUCGUGGUGGAUCACGAUUACAUGAACAAUUAGAAACAAUACAUAAUCGUGGAAAACGUUCAGAACGAUAUUCACCACCGGUCGAUGAAAUCAAUAAAUAA